AUGUCGUCGGCCUCUCCUCCAAAGGAACCAGAGGUGGAACCAGGAACUCAGUCAGGCGACGACGCGGAGCAUAUGGAACGAGAACACCAAGAUACACAAGCGCAAGGCCAGGGAGAAUUCGAGGUGAAAGAGCAAGAUCGAUGGCUUCCUAUUGCAAAUGUUGCUCGAAUAAUGAAAACCGCUCUCCCCGACAAUGCCAAAAUCGCAAAGGAAGCAAAAGAAUGUAUGCAAGAAUGUGUGAGCGAGUUCAUCUCGUUUAUCACCAGCGAAGCUUCGGAAAAAUGCCAACAGGAGAAAAGGAAGACGGUCAAUGGGGAAGACAUCCUCUUUGCUAUGACCUCUCUCGGAUUCGAAAAUUACUCCGAAGCACUGAAAAUAUAUCUUUCAAAAUAUCGCGAAACCCAAUCCUCAAGGGGGGAGAACCAGAACCGGCCACCGAGCAGCGGCUACGGCUCCGGCGGACCAGUCGGGGGCACGGCUUCCAAUGCUCCAGGGGCAGGCAACCCAACGGGACCAGGUUUCGCGGUCCCGCCCGAGGCUUCCAACAACAUAUUGAGCCCGAACCUCGACUCCAACGAACAGGCCGGCGCGACAUACGGAUAUUCCACCAUGGUGGGCCCUUCGCACAAUGGUGCAGGUGGCGAGACUUAUUAG